AUGUUGGCGACACUGCCAAUUGAAAUCAUCCAGGAGAUAUUCUUGAACCUGGAUGAUCUAGGCACUCUAAAAGAAGCUGCUUUAUGCUGUCGUACCUUAUACGAAGCAUUUCUCGCCAUCGAAGAGCUUCUUACGACUACGAUCCUGCAUAGGCAAAUCCACCCCAGUGUACUUCCCGAUGCUAUCAAUACUCAUGUCUCAUUUUCAAUACCAAGUUCGGAUACCGAGGCCGUUAAUCGUUUUUCUACCGAUUAUUUAAACACGAAGAAGAUAUUGCCAUCAAAGUGGAAACUAGCCAAUGCUCUACCACUAAGUCUAUUUCAUCAAUUCGUAGACUACUUCGCAACUCGGUUAUCUUCUAUGGGAUUAGAGGACUCCCCAUCUUAUCUAAGAGAACCACCAUGUCAAGCGAACCCAACCGAAUCCGAAAUUCUUCGCAUACAACGUGCCCUAUAUCGUUUUCAAUUGUAUCGCAACAUGUUUGGUACACUUAUCACAGACCCAGGUCGUCAACGUGAAUUGAUGUUUCGUUACUUUUCUACAUUUGAGAACGAACAACUUGCAAGCGUAAAUGACCUUCUCUUAUGCGCUAUUGCCGAACCUUAUAAUGACUUGGUGGAUCACGAUAUUCAUUGGGGUUCUAUGCGUGUAUCAUACUUAGAACCCUAUGAUUCUGAACAGGGGGAUUACAUUCUAUCCAAGGGACUCGAGUAUUUAUUUCAUUUAACCCAAACUAAAAGCUAUACCGAACGUCGCAGACUUCUCAGCCUUGACGAUUUCAAUUUUGGUUACGACGAUGAGCCUGGGAGACUAGUACAAUUCAUGAAAUGGAGUCUCAGUUGGGCCGGAAGCCCCGAUUGGGAUUAUCAAGACUUUUCCUUCGAUAACCUUGACGAAGAAUCUAUGGCUUUUCAUAUCGGAAAGCCUUUUUAUGAUGAUGGGGACGAAGGUCCAGUAACUGCCUGGAAGUUGGGAGAUUAUCUCGUUGCUGAUCCAUCAUUGAUGAGAUGGCGACGAUGGGGUUACGUCUUUUGGGAUAUGUCUAGGUUGGAAAAUAGUGGGAUUAUAGAAAAGGGGCUUUCUGAAGAUAGCGGAUUUAGGAGACUAAGAACAACUGAAGCCGAGAAUCGACGGUUGUUCGAAUCUCAGGAAGAGAGAGAGAAAAUCGAACGCGCUGGGGGAUCAGGAUGGUGGAGUUUUAAAGAUCAGAGUAAAGUUCAAUGGAAAUGUCAACAGGGUCGUACAAAAGUACAGAUGCCUUGGGGGGGAGUACAAGGGUCUUCUGGAAGUAGAGGGCAUUUUUGA